AUGGAAGGGCGCCAGUGGAAAGCAAGCUUUCGGGACAUGCCUACAGAUGGGUUCUUCAAAGCAUGGUUGGAAACCUCUAGAGCUGCAGUUCGCCAGGCUUGGGCCGACACUAGGGUUGUGCUGGACAAAGUGACAACCGUGGACUCAAAGUACUCAUUCAACAGCAACCAAAUAGCCAUCUUUGCACCAAUGUUACUUCACAAUUUGUUUUUAGCCGAAGGUCCCCCAGCCUUCAACUACGCUAGACUCGGCUCGGUUCUCGGCCACGAAAUAAUGCAUGCCUACGAUGUGCGAGGAUCACAGUUUGACGACAAUGCAGAAAAUAGGAGCUGGUUCUCACCUGAAUCAAAGAAGGAAUACAUGAAGAAAGUGCUCUGUUUGAGGAACUUCCACAAGACUGUAAAGCUGGCAAACAAUGAAGUCCUAAAUGACGAAGCAGACUCUGAGAACUUAGCUGACCUUGUGGGAACAAGAAUGGCAUACUCCGCGUUUUCGGCGCUGCACCCCUCAGAGAGAGACACCACUUUGCAUGGGGUUGCCAUGACAGCGAACCAACUCUUCUUCAUCAACUAUUGCGCCGAACAUUGCGCAACAUCUACACCACAAAUUUCAGUGGAUCUCCAUGCAGAUAGCCUCUCUCGGUGCAUCGUGCCACUGAUGAACAUGGACGAGUUUUCUGAUGCAUUCAGCUGCCCAAACGGGUCACACAUGAACCCGCCUAACAAGUGCACGUUCUGGACCUAA